AUGGAGCUGAAUCUGGUGAGGGAUGUGAAAGAUAACAAAAAGGGGUUCUACAGGUCCAUAGGCAGGAAGAGACAGGCCGAGGAGAGUGUUCCCCCUCUGAUGAAAGGUGAAGUUUCUAUCACCAUCACCGUUGAUCCUUCAGUUGCCCUUGUUGGUGAGGAAGUAACUCUGUCUUGCCAGCUGACGCCCAGAAUCCCUUCCAAUGCAAGUGUGCUUUGGUACAAAGGGGAAAAGGGAAGAGAUGCUCCUCUCUGCUCUUCCUCCAGCCUGAAUGGGGAGGUGGAGCAGUGCCAGGAUAAAGAACAGUGCAGGAUUAAGGGGCGCUGGGAGAGAAGAAGAUUUCUCCUGACUAUCCAAAAAGUGCAAAUAGCUGACAGGGGGGUGUACGUUUGUGUUGUGAGUGGCGACGCUGUCUCCCAGGAUGCUGUCACUCACCUUGAUGUUAUAGCAAUAGGGAACAAGCCAGCUUUGUUAAAGCAUCAGCAAGAUGAGAGCUUGUGUCGCUACACAUGUAACUCAAAAGGAUGGUACCCAAAGCCUCAAGUCAUUUGGACAACUUAUGGAGGAGGCAAAAAAAAUGUGGAGAUCAAGACCAGUGUCACCUGGAGUGAGACAGACCUUUUUGUAGUACAGAGCAUCAUGGCAGUUCCUUGUGAUGAUGUAGAUGUGAAAUGUGUCAUCACGCUGAUCAAAGAAAAGAUAAACCGAACUGGUUCCUUGAAUGAAAUAGUUAUGCAAAAGCCAAGCACUGUACGUACUUGUAUGUAUGAGAGCCAAAUGAGAGGUGCCUGUGUAAAUCCCAAGGCUAUUUCGGAUGUUUCUCAAAGAGAACAACUAUCUUCAUUAAUCAAGACAAGCAUUCUAGAGGAGAAGUACAAUAUUUUUGCACUAGAAAGCUCUGAUGAGAUACACUGUGGACAUCCACCACCUUCUGACUUGACAACUAAUAGGGAAUCCUAUCUACGUAUUGCGCAACGGUCAGAGAAGCUCCAUGCACAAGAAAGAGCAGGGGAGGAUGCACAGAAAGAGACCCUGAAGAAGAUUGAGACCCUGAAGAAGAAGAUUG